UUUUUAUUUUUUUUUUGUCUCUAGUAAGUUUGAAGAGUAGGUAGAUGUAUGAUCAGCAUUUUUAACUGCUCCUCUGGAUUUGUCUGAGUCAGAGCUAUUUAUAAAAGAAAAAAGAAGAAACUGGGUGUGGUACUUGUGAGAAAUCAAGAAAAAGAGUUAUCUUCUUUUCUGAAUUGUUAAACUCGAGAUGGCAUCAUUUGCAGGCACUACACAGAAGUGCAAAGCAUGCGAGAAAACAGUUUACUUGGUGGAUCAGCUCACUGCUGACAACAAGGUCUAUCACAAAUCUUGCUUCAGAUGUCACCACUGUAAGGGUACCCUCAAGUUGAGUAAUUUUUGUUCCUUUGAGGGUGUUCUAUAUUGUAAGCCUCAUUUUGAUCAACUAUUUAAGAAGACCGGCAGCUUGGAGAAGAGUUUUGAAGGUAUUCCAAGAACUGCUAGACUUGAAAGAUCUACUGAUCAGGUCCAAAUCAGUAGCAGAGUUUCAAAUUUGUUUGCUGGAACUCAGGAAAAAUGUGUUGCUUGCAAGAAAACGGUGUAUCCAAUUGAAAAGGUAGCUGUUGAUGGAACAUCUUACCAUAAGGCUUGUUUCAGGUGCACCCAUGGAGGAUGUGUAAUUAGUCCCUCAAAUUAUGUGGCCCACGAACAUCGUCUUUAUUGUAGGCACCAUCAUACUCAGUUGUUCAAGCAGAAAGGUAACUUCAGUCAACUUGAUAAACAAGAAAAUAAUGAAGGGGUGACUGAGAACACAACAACUAAGGAGUAGCUUGCAACUUCCAAGUUACAGUUGAAUACAAGUCCAGAUUGUGACUCUUUUCCAGGCAUCAAAUGCCAUUGUUCCAAUCCACAUUUUUCUUUUCUUAUUAUAUUUGUGAAAAUUUUGUCAGACAAAUUUUGGGAUUGAGAAUUUAGAAGUAAU